AUGACAGAAACUGUAUAUUUCAGACUUCUUUUCAUUGCUCUCUGUUCAUUAUCUGAAUGCAUCCAGCGUCACUAUCAUCAUAUAAAUAUGAAUAAGACCUGGACUGAAGCUCAGAGUUACUGCAGAGAACACUACACAGAUCUGGCCACAGUCAACAACAUGAACCACAUGAAACAGCUGAAUAAAAGUGUAAACAAACACGAUGUGCACGUCUGGAUUGGACUGAAGAAAACAGGUGUUUAUAAAUGGAAGUGGUCUUUGGGGGAACAUGUAAACUACAAGAACUGGAUAAAUGGUAAUGACUGUAAUGGUGAAGAUAAUUGUGCAUUUAUGAGAAAUGGAGAAUGGCAUCAUCAGAGCUGUGGUCAGAAGUCAGAUUUCAUCUGCUACAAUGGUGACAAAGGAUACAUCUAUGAAACUUCUCAAAUGACAUGGAGAGAAGCUCAGAUCUUCUGCAGACAGCAUCAUACUGAUCUGGUGACUGUGAGCAACCAGAAUGAGAGUGAACAGAUUCAGAAGAUCAUUAAUAACAAUCAGAUAUCUGUCUGGAUCGGUCUGUUCAGUGACUCAUGGGAGUGGUCAGAUAAGAGUAACUCUGGCUUCAGAUACUGGAUGUCUGGUCAACCCAAUGGUGGUCCUAAUUCAAUGUGUACAGAAGUACAAAUGAAUAAUCAGGGUCAAUGGAAUGAUGCAGGUUGUAGUAACUCUCAGACUUUUGUGUGUCAUGAAGAUGGAAAGCUGGUAUUGAUCAAUGAGAGUCUGAGCUGGUCUGAUGCUCUGAGUUACUGUAGACAGAAUCAUGUGGAUUUGGUUUCGGUUGAUUCAGAGGAGAUUCAGCGCCGGGUGUCAGGAUUGGUUAAACAGGCCUCUACUCCAGAGGUGUGGCUGGGGUUACGUCACUCCUGUGCUCUGGGUGUUUGGUUCUGGACGAAUGGACAGAUGGUUUGCUAUCAGAAUUGGGUGAACAGUACAGUAGAUAAGAGCUGUGACACAGUGAGAUCUGGAGCAGUUCAGUCUGGAGAUCAGCGCUGGAUCAGCCUUCCUCAAACUAAACAACUCAACUUCAUCUGCAUCAGAUAUGAUUAA